UUUUUUUUUUUUUUACCUUGCUGAAACAAUCCACACUCGUCCUCCUCCUAAACUCCUCCUCCUCCCAUUGACAAUUAAACUCAUAACCACACUGACAACCCACCACAAUGUCAACCUCAGCACUAACCCUUGGCCUCCUCACCUCCCUCGGCGGCACAAUCGGGUACCUGCGCACGGGCUCCGUCCCCUCCAUCGUGGCCGGCCUCGCCGUCGGCGCCCUCUACCUGCUCAGCUAUGUGCGGCUGCGCGCGGCGCAGCCCUACGGACCGGAACUGGCGCUGCUGGCCUCGCUGGUGCUGUCGGGCAGCUCGAUCCCGCGCGCCAUCCGGUCGGGCGGGUCGAAGCCUGUUCCCGUGGUAUUGAGUUUGGUGGCGGUUUAUGGCUUGGUGGUUUUUGGAGGAUUGGUUUGGGGGAAGUGAUAAUCAUCCAUCCCUCCCUUCGGAGGGGGCGCGGGAUUUGGGGGUGCUGUGUGGGGUAACUACUGUAGGAUGGGUAUAGGCGGUCUGCAAAUUGAAUCUGAAUCUUUUACUAGCUGGUUGUUUAUGAAUGAGAAUACUGUGUGUUGUGACCUUUCUUCUUUUCGGGAGUGUUGGAUUCUGUUGGUAUGCGUCUUCUACAUGAGGGAGGGAG